AGUGUGUUCCAGAACAUGCUUCAUCGAUAGGGUUUCAAACCGCGGCGCGGCGGUGAGGCGGAGCUAUGUGGUGGAGAUCUAGAGCGAAGGCUUCUCUUCUCCGAAUAUUGAUUCGACGACCAUCGCCGAUCUAUUCGAUCCAGGUCUGUCUCCAAACCCUGCCUCUGAUCCCUCCUCCUCCUCCCUCACCCGCAUGGAUCCGCCCCGUCGACGCCCGCCUCCCCACGCUCCGAUUCUUCUCUUCGGCACAGCAAUGUGAAGAUGUUGGGAAGGGCUCCUCCGAGCUGGGGAUUAAGACAGGCGAGAAUAGCGAAGCGGACGAAAGCCUUAACCGUUUGUGGAAAGAGAACAUCGACGACGACGAUACCUCUGAUAUUUUCGCGGACGAGAAGUUCGAAGAAGCGGCCGAGAAUGAGUGCGACGUCGUUGCUGACGUCGAUCUGGAGCAGGUUGAGAAGGUCAGGUCCCUUCUUGUUGGUACUUCGCAGGAUUCCUUGGAAACAAGAUUGGAUCAGAUUGACGUGAUAUUGAGUGCCGAGCUAGUGGCGUUGGUGCUUCAGACGCCGGAUGUCGUACCUCAAAAUCUGAUUAACUUUUUCAUAUGGGCUUGGAAGAGUGAAGAGUCAGUCAGAUCAUCAAGGACGGUGGAAAUUCUUGUCGACGCUGUCAGUGGUUCUACUGAGCUUAGCAAAAUGGAUGCGUACAAGUUGUGGGAUUUGGUUAAGGAAAUCGGGAAAAAUAGGUCGGUGCUGAAUACUUCAAUUCUUAAUCAACUGAUUUCUUUGUUUGGGAGAUUACAGAAACCUAGGGCUGGUCUCGAAGUGUUCAACAAGUUCAGCGACUUUGGUUGUUACCCGGAUGGGAAUACAUACUGCUUGACAAUUGCUGCCCUUGGCACACGAUCCUUGUUUAACACUGCCUGGCCUGUUUGUGAGAAGAUGCUUACCUCUGAAGACCUCCCUGAUGGUGAGAAUAUUGGGAAGAUAAUUACUUUCCUGUGUAAAGGGAAAAAAGCAAAGGAGGCUCAUCUGCUUUACCUGAUGGCUCGGCAGAAAGAGAUGUUACUGCCAAGUUCUUGCUUAGAUAUUCUGGUCAGGAGUCUUUCCACAAAGGACGAAACGUUGCAAAUGGCUCUAGAGUUGCUAAACAACUAUCCUAAGGAAUAUGUAAGGAAUGCCAAUGCUAUUUUUGCUUUAGUAAUUAAAGGCUUAUGCAGAGCUAAACAACCUCAGGAGGCCAAAAAGUUAUUACUUAGGAUGGUUCAUUCAGGCCCACCACCUGGAACUGCUGUGUUUAAUUAUGUCAUCACUGCUCUUUCAAAGGGAGGAGAAAUGGAGGAUGCCGUUUCUCUGAUGAAUUUAAUUAAAGAAAGAGGAUUGCUACCGGAUAUAUACACUUACAGUGUUAUCAUGAGUGGCUUUGCAGAAGGUGGCCUGAUGGACGAGGCCUAUCAAAUCUAUCGUGAAGCCAAGAAGAAGCAUUCUAAGCUUAGUCGCGUCACGUAUCACAUACUUAUACGCGGUUAUUGCAAGAUGGAGGAGUAUGAGAAGGCUCUUAAAUGCGUGAGGGAAAUGAAAGAGGAUGGAGUACAACCAAAUUCAGACGAGUACAGCAAACUAAUACGAUCGUUGUGCGUUAAGGCUCUUGAUUGGCGCACAGCUGAAAAGCUUCUGGAAGAGAUGAAAGAGAGUGGCUUGUUCCUUAGGGAUGCAACACGCAGCCUCAUUUCUGCAGUCAAGGAAUUGGAAGAGGAAGCAAAAUCUGAAUCUGUCGGCAAUGAAGUGAAAUACUUGUUUAAAACCGUUAUUCGAACUUGGUUGGUAUUCCUGCACAACAUGCCAGGAGCUGGCCUCAUCAUUUCCAUGUAAAUGUGCUGUUGAAGUGCAGUUAUGUGGGUAUAUUUUUUUGUUAUGCACAGGAACACUCCCUACCUAAAUUGGUGCUAUAUAGCGCCCUCUCUUUUUUGCAUAUGUUUGUUAGAUCCUAAUCGGCUGAUAGCAUCUUUCUCCCAGUCAUUUAGAAGCCAGUUAAGUCGUGGCACAGUUGUUACUGCUAGUCAAUGUGCAAUGGAGGGAAUGCUGGACACUGGACAGAUUAGGUAUGUUGACAUUUCAGUUGCUAAUGUAGUAAUGUUAAUAUGGAGGUUUUACUAAGAUAUUUAGUCAUGUACUUGCUCUCUAACUGCUAAUUGGUUCUAUGCGCUAUGACUUCGUGUUGGCUAAAUUGUUUUUUUCUUCUUCAGUUUUUAAGUCAACCAAUUUGCUGCAGGAUACCAUAGUAAAGUAGUUUUGAAAUAUCAAUUCCAGUGUAUACUCAUUGAUUUUUUUUAGUUGGCAUUAUAUUCAACUAUGCCGACUAAUCAGGAGGAUGGCCGGUCU